AGAGCGGCUCGGCAGUUGUGGCCGGGGUCGGAGGUGCGGAGCCGCUGUCCUUUCCCCGCGGGUUUCCGAAGAGCAGCGGCAGCGGCGGCAUGGCUUCGGCGGCGGUGGAGAUUUUGGGGCUGGGACUGGGCAUCCUGGGCUGGGUGGGGGUGAUCCUGGCCUGCGGGCUGCCCAUGUGGCAGGUGUCAGCCUUCAUCGACGUGAACAUCGUGGUGGCGCAGACCAUCUGGGAAGGGCUGUGGAUGAACUGCGUGGUGCAGAGCACGGGGCAGAUGCAGUGCAAGGUGUACGAUUCCAUCCUGGCGCUGCGGCCGGAGGUGCAGGCGGGCCGGGCGCUCACGGUCAUCGUGGCGCUGCUGGGGCUGGUGGCGCUCAUGGUCACCGUGGUGGGCGCGCAGUGCACCAACUGCAUCCGGCCCGGCAAGAUGAAGUCCCGCAUCGUGAUCGCCGGAGGGACCAUCUACAUCCUCUGCGGGGUCCUGGUCCUCGUCCCGCUCUGCUGGUUCGCCAACAUCGUCAUCAGCGACUUCUACGACCCCUCCGUGCCGCCGUCCCAGAAGCGGGAGAUAGGGGCCGCGCUGUACAUCGGCUGGGCGGCCACGGCUCUGCUGCUUUUCGGGGGCUGCCUCAUCUGCUGCUGCUCCUGCUUGCAGCGCGACGAGACCUCCUUCCCCGUCAAGUACUCGGCGCCGCGGCGGCCCACCUCCAGCGGCGAGUACGACAAGAAGAACUACGUCUGAGCGGGGCCGCCCGCUCCGCCCGGUCGUGCGGGCACACGGACAGACGGCGCCGCCGGCCGGGAGCGACUGCGGUGAGCUCGGCCGACGGGCGCCGCGGCGCUCCUCAUCCCGGAGCCCGCCCAGCCGCGGCACCACAGCGGCGGCAGCCCCGGGCAGAGCGGCGUCCUGCCGGCCCGCCUCUCCGUCGGAGCGCCGCGUCGGGUCCUGCCCCUGCCCAGCCCGGCCAGCGCUGCCCGGCCCGGCGGCACCGCCGCGCUGCUGGAGCGGAGCCGGGAGUGGUGCGGAGCCGCUGGUGCCUCUCUGCGCGCUGCCGGGCCGUCGUGCGUGCCCUGUCGGGGAGGAGAAGCUUCCCUUCUUCGUUCUAUCUCCUGAAAACCUGCAGCUGACUGACUUCUGCCAUGGCUUUAACUGGUUAAGGUUUUUCCUUUUGUUCUUUGUGGGCAGCUAAACUCGGGUUCCUAUCUGAAGGAAGACUCUAACCUUGGUCCUUAAUCAUGCAGGCAAAUAACUGCUUGGAGAAAGGCACGUCGUUUUGUUCCGUUGUUUUGGGCCCUCAAAGCGCUGAUCUGUGCGCCUUUGAGACUUUUGAAAGUGAUUUCAGAUAGCUGCUGUUGCUCAGCAGAGAACAAAAGCCAUUAUUCCAGGUUCUCCAUCACUUCUCCUUCGUCAGCUUCUGUCCUUCUUGUACUUGAAUACGAACUCAUUGCAGGUCGCCAGAGAUACAGGGGGACUAAAUGCAGAGACCUGGGAGAUCUUUGUGCCCUGGCUCCAGCACGGCGUCCCUCUGUGCCUCUCGUCUGUACUACAGGAGACUGGAAACAAACCUUUCCCUCGCUCGUGAUGCUUAGGCUAUGAGAGGCUUCGUGGCCUUCUUGCUGAGCACUUCUCGCUGCCAAAUCUGAAUCACAUGUGCUCAGCUGGACAUACACAUGCUCGGCUCCCCACUGUAACUUCGGUAACAUGCACUUGCCUUAAUUUAAUUAAUCGGGCAAAUAAAUUAAAUGCUAGAGGA